ACCCAAUCCUACCCCAAACGCAUCGAAAAAUAAAGGCAAGGAUAAAAAAAUUUCGCACCACCAACUGACUGCAACCUCCCAACUCCUUGUAGCUCCCUCCCUAAACUCGCAAGCAACCUGCGGCCGAGCCGUGCACCAGUUGCUCCUGCGCUGCUGCUAGUGCCUGCACAGCCAUUGUCGGCGAGGAUGGGGAGCGCGGCGCGUGCUGCUGCUGCGGCGGCGGCGGCGCUGGUCGUCGUGGCGCUGGCGACGGUGGCGACGGCGCAGAUGGAGAGCUGCAACGACGAGCUGCCGCCCGUGCUCGUCGCCAACUACUCGGGCCUGGCAUGCCAGCCGGUCUGGAACAACUUCGUGCUCCGGUAUCACCAGGACAAGAACAACGUCCUGCGGGUCGUCCUGUCCACGAUGUACAGCACGGGGUGGGUGGGCAUGGGGUUCUCGCGGGACGGCCUCAUGAUCGGCUCCAGCGCCAUGGUGGGGUGGGUCGGCAAGAAGGGCCUCCCGCACAUCCGGCAGUUCGCGCUCCGCGGCAAGGCCAGCUCCAAGGUCGUCGUCGACCGGGGCUUCCUCGUCUCCAACGACCACGACCACACCGUCGUCGUGCAGCAGGCCAAGAUCUACAUCGCCUUCCAGCUCAGGUUCUCCUACCGCCUCACCCACCAGCACAUCAUUAUGGCCUUCGGUAACAGCAUCCCGGUGAAGAACAAGCUCACCAGGCAUCAGGGCAAGACCUCCUUCACCUUCGAUUUCACCACGGGGAGAGCUUCUGUUGACGGAUCGUUCCCCUACGGCCUGAGGCGUGCCCAUGGCGCGCUCAACGUGUUCGCGUGGGGCGUCCUGAUGCCCAUCGGCGCCAUCAUCGCGCGCUACUUCCGGCGGAUGGACCCGCUCUGGUUCUACCUCCACGUCGGCCUCCAGUUCGUCGGGUUCAUCAUCGGCCUCGCCGGCGUCGUGGCCGGCGUGGCGCUCUACAACAAGAUCCAGGCCGACAUCCCCGCGCACAGGGGCCUCGGCAUCUUCGUCCUCUUCCUCGGUAUCCUGCAGAUCCUGGCCUUCUUCCUGCGGCCGAACGUGGACUCCAAGUACCGCAAGUACUGGAACUGGUACCACCACUGGUCGGGGCGGCUGGCGCUCUUCUUCGCGUCCGUCAACAUCGUGCUCGGGAUCCACGUCGGCGGCGCCGACAACUCGUGGAAGAUCGGGUACGGCUUCAACCUGGCCGUCAUCCUCGUCGCCGUCAUCGCGCUGGAGUUCAUGCUCUGGACGAGGUGGUCCAAGAACAGCACCUCGACCCCGACGUACUAAAGGCUGUUUGACGUGGGUGUUGGUGGCGCUGUGAUGACAGCCCUGUUUUUCAUUUUGGGUUUUUUUUUCGAGGGUCUGAUGUUGUGUUGCUAUGGCCCUGUUUUCGUUGGUGUAUUCUUCAGAACUGCAAUUGUAAGUGUGGGUUCAAGCAAGUGCAAUUGCACUGCUGAUAGUUCUGCAUCACUGCAUGCUUGAUAGUUUGUAUAGCGGUAUAUGAUUAUUUUUUAAAAAAAGAACAUGUCAUAGUGGUGUAGGGUAAUUUGAACGAGAAUGGCGUGGCCAUAGCUUCACCAA